UUCCAUUGAACAGAACAAAAGGGUACUAUAAUCAAGUUGAUCGCCGAAAUAAUCAGUUGAUAAACGACAUCUCGUUUUGGUCGUAUCAGCGGUACAAUCAUGAUGGGAAUUGAUCUUAAAAUUGCGAUUUUCAUUUUGGCAGUCUUCUGUCAGCUCCACUUUGUCGAAGGUUGGUGGAAUGGGGGUUCGUCUAGCAGAUCACCAAGUACAAGCACAUCAAGACGAGCGGGUCGAUCUUGGUCAAGAAGUCGAACACCCCAAGUUAGAACGCCCAGCGUCCGAACGCCUAGCGCAAGACGACAAGGUCGAUUUUGGUCAAGAAGCCGAACACCCCAAAUAAGAGCGCCCAGCGUCAGAACACCCGUCCGAACGCCUGUCCGAACGCCAAGUGUAAGACGACAAGGUCGAUUUUGGUCAAGAAGCCGAACACCCGACCGAACACCCGAAAUAAGAGCGCCCAGCGUCAGAACACCCGUCAGAACACCCGUCAGAACGCCUGUCCGAACGCCUGUCCGAACGCCUGUCCGAACGCCAGUCCGAACGCCUGUCCGAACGCCUGUCCGAACGCCUGUCCGAACGCCUGUCCGAACGCCAAGUGUAAGACGACAAGGUCGAUUUUGGUCACGACGUCCAACAUCCGAAGUUAGAACACAUGUCCAAACGCCUGUUCAAACGCCAGUCCGAACGCCAAGUGUAAGACGAAAAGGUCUAUUUUGGUCCAGACGUCCAAAACCGCAAGUUAAGACGCCCGGCGUGACUAAAACACCCGUCGGAGCACCCGUUCAAACGCCCAGUGUAAGACGAAAAGGUCUAUUUUGGUCAAGACGUCCAAAACCGCAAGUUAAGACGCCCAGCGUGACUGAAACACCCGCCAGAGCACCCGUUCAAACGCCUGGUGUAAGACGAAAAGGUCUAUUUUGGUCAAGACGUCCAAAACCGGAAGUUAAAACGCCCAGCGUGACUGAAACACCCGUCGGAGCACCCGUCCAAACUCCGAGUGUAAGACGAAAAGGUCUAUUUUGGUCAAGACGUCCAAAACCGCAAGUUAAGACGCCCAGCGUGACUGAAACACCCGCCAGAGCACCCGUUCAAACGCCUGGUGUAAGACGAAAAGGUCUAUUUUGGUGGAGACGUCCAAAACCGCAAGUUAAGACGCCCAGCGUGACUGAAACACCCGCCGGAGCACCCGUUCAAACGCCUGGUGUAAGAAAACAAUCCUCACCCGCAGAUGAUGAUUUAUAUGAGCACAAAGAAACACCCGUCGGAGCACUCGUCCAAACUCCGAGUGUAAGGAGAGAACCAGGGACGGAGAUAACACCAAGUACGGAAGAUCCUCUGAAAGUCAGUGAAGGCCAGAUGGCAUUUGACGCAGAGGGUAACGACGACCCAAAUAGCAGAUAUUUCAGUCGUAAAGCACAUGUACCAACGUCAAAUUCUGGUAUAACACUUGGCAGAGGUUAUGAUCUCAAGCAAAAAACGGAAUCGAAAGUAUACAAAGAUUUACGCCAGAGUGGCAUUCCAGAAGAAAUCGCGAGAACAUUCUCAAAGGGAAUAGGUUUGAGUGGAGAGGCAGCAAAGAAUUAUUUAAAGAAUAACAAUCUUGAAAGUCACAUAAUAACGCGCGAACAACAAAAGAAACUAUUUAUAAAAACGUACGAUGAGAUGACUGCUGAAGCCAAACGCGUGGCAACGAAAACGGACGUGACUAACGCGUACGGAAAAACAAAUUGGGAAGGACUGAACAGGGCGAUAAGAGAUGUUGUUGUUGAUUUAACAUAUCGUGGCGAUUACACCCCAACGACGAGAAUAAAAAUCCAAAAAGCCGUCGCUGAGAAUGAUCUGGAAACGUUCACAGAACUUUUGAGUGAAGAGGAUUACUGGGUGACGAAGAUAAAAGUGCCUAGGGAUCGAUUUGAGCGCAGAAAAAAGAAAUUGGAGGAAGAAAUCAAACGAAAAGGAUAGGAUAAACAAACACGGACGAACGGAUUACCCUUUUUCAAUUUGAUAUUCACUUGAAAAUGAUCAUAUAAACAUAUCUUAAUCAUUUCGCAAUGACAUAUAUCAUUUACCCCCUUUGUAAACUGUUUGGUAUUCAUGUAGUACUAAAUUUCGGGUAUACUCGGUAUGAUUAUGUGUAAUUAAGGUUUUCUAACUAACUGAUUAAAUACUUAC